AUGAAGGUCGGCAUCGCAGGAAUCACCGGCAAAUUCGCCCGCCAGCUCCUUACUCACCUACUAGAAGCUGAGGACGACUCCCUCUCAAUCAAAGGCUACUGUCGUGACCCUUCCAAACUCCCCGGCACUAUGAAGGCAUCUACCUAUGACGUUGUCGUCUGUUGCUAUCUUGGUGAUGACAAGCUUAUGGUCGACGGCCAGAAGCUCCUUAUUGACGCUUGUGAAUCGGCCAGCGAGCUGUCUCCUAAGGAUCCCAUGAUCCACGUCAAGGCGUACCUAGAUGCGAAGAAGAGUGUAGCGGGCGUGCAUAUUCUGAUUGGUGGGUUUAUGGAGCCCAUUUUCAGUCCGUUCUUCAACAUUGUGGAUGUCCAGACCAAUACCUUCCGGUACUGGGGGGACGACAACGAAAUCAUGGAGGGGACGACCUACAACGAUGCUGCAAAGUAUACGGCGAAGGUGGCCUUGGAUGCGGGGCAAAGGGUGUUCUAA